AUGCCAUCUGAGUUUGAAGAUGCGUGGAAGGCUUUGAUUGAAGAGUACAAUCUGCAUGAUAUAAAUGUCAUGAUUAACUUAUGGGCUGAAAGGAAAUUGUGGAUAUCAGCUUACUGGAAGGAAGUUUUCUGUGCACGCAUGACUUCAACACAGAGAAGCGAGAGCAUGAACUUUGUGCUGAAAAGGGGUUUUGUCACUGAACGAGACAACCUACACAUUUUUGCUAAGCAAGUUAACAACUGCAUACAGGCAAGGCAUGAAGCAGAGAAUGCAGAGGCAAAUGCAUCAACGGGCUCAAGGAAAACAGUCACCAGGUAUGGCUUCGAGGCACAGGUGAUGGAUAAGUACACACGGGCAGUGUACUCAGUUUUCCGGGAGAGGCAAUAUCACAGCACAGCUUUCCGCAUUAAGACUUCCCAGGAUAAUCCCAACAUUUACCUUGUGCAUCACUACAAUCAGAGUAAAGAAUUCGCUUGGUCAAGACAUGAGUUCAGAGUGCUAGCAGAUGAAGUUGAAGGCCGCUAUGAAUGCGAAUGUAAACUGUGGGAACAUACAGGGUUGUUCUGCCACCAUGUCAUAGCUGUCUUUGAGCACCUACGCCUGGAUGAGAUACCAAGCAAGUAUAUACUCCAGAGAUACACCAAAGAUGCGAGUGACAAACCCUGA